UCCCGCUUACCGCUGCUGUAGAAAAUGUUACACAAUGUUUUACGAUUACACCAGUGUCGAAGAAAGGUGCACAUUUUCCCUCACGUUCGGUGCUUGAGACGACGAUGGUUUUCAACGGAAAAGCUAGAAACCCCGGAAGUGGAUGUACCAUUGAGCACCGGGCGAAUUGUUAGGAUAUCUUCGGGAAAGUAUGCCCGAUUUGCCGAUGGCUGCGCCGUCGUGUCGAUAGGAGACACUGCCGUCAUGGUGACGGCCGUUGCGAAACAAAAAUCACAAAACUCAUCCUUCCUGCCGCUGGUGGUAGACUAUCGGCAAAAGUCUGCCGCAGCCGGUCGGAUACCAACGAACUUUCUGCGCCGAGAGCUUGGUCCAUCGGAGAAGGAAAUCCUUUCCGCCCGGCUUGUGGACCGCUCGAUUAGGCCUCUUUUCCCGGCCGAAUUCCGUUACGAUACCCAAAUCGUGUGCAAUAUGCUUGCGAUCGAUGCAAGCAACCCACCGGAUGUGCAGGCCAUUAAUGGUGCAUCAGCUGCCCUGGCCCUGAGUGACAUUCCGUGGAAUGGGCCGGUCGGUGCCGUGCGCGUUGGACUGGUAGAUAACGAAGUUAUCAUCAAUCCGACGCGCAAGGAAAUGCAACUGAGUGCGCUCGAUCUUGUGGUGGCGGCAACCCGGCAGAAUUUAGUCGUUAUGCUCGAGGGUCGGGGAAACGUUGUGAACGAGAACGAGCUGCGUAUGGCAAUUAAAAAGGGCACCAAAGAGGCGCAGCUCAUCAUCAACGGUAUCGAACGGUUACAGAAAGCCUUCGGAAAACCUAAACGAUCACUCGAACCCUUGCCCACCGUAGACGAGGAGAUUCAAGCCGCCGUGCGCACAAUGUCUGAGAUGCGGUUAAGGGAAAUAUUUCGUGACUUUUCCCACGACAAGUUCAGCCGGGAUCAGGCCGUCAGCAAGACGCGCUCGGACACGAUCGACAAAGUGUGGUCGAGUUAUUCGAGUGCAGAUCCGGGUCUCAUCUCGGAAGCUUUCAACAAAUUCACCAAACACGUGUUCCGUGAGAUGCUGCUCGAAGAAGAUCGACGCUGCGAUGGGCGAGGGUUGGACGAUUUGCGUAACAUUAGCUGCUCGGUGAAUCUCCACAAACCACUGCACGGAUCGGCGUUAUUUCAGCGUGGUCAAACGCAGGUCUUCUGUACGGUCGCACUCGAUUCGCCCGAAAGUGCCCUCCGGCUCGAUCCGGUUGCGUCACUCGACAGUGGGAUGAAGUCGAAAAACUUUUUCCUUCACUACGAGUUCCCACCGUACGCGACGGGGGAAACGGGAAAGGUGGGGCCGAUCGGACGGCGUGAAAUUGGGCACGGCGCGCUGGCGGAGAAAGGUCUCGUACCGAUCGUUCCCAACGAGCAUCCGUUUACGAUACGGCUCACGUCGGAGGUGCUUGAGUCGAACGGAUCCAGCUCGAUGGCAACCGUGUGUGCCGGUUCGAUGGCCCUCAUGGACGCCGGUGUGCCCGUGCAGGAAGCAGCCGCCGGUGUGGCGAUUGGAUUGAUAACCAAGUACGAAAACGAUGAUACCAAACACUUACAAGACUACCGGAUACUAACGGACCUCCUCGGUAUCGAAGACUACAUGGGUGACAUGGACAUGAAGGUGGCGGGCACUCGACGGGGCAUCACGGCCAUACAGGCGGACAUCAAAGUUCCAGGCAUUCCGCUAAAAGUGGUCAUGGAAGCGCUUCAAAAAUCCAUGGAAGCACGAUUUAAAAUUCUCGAUCUGAUGGACGCAACGAUCGCGUCACCACGGACUGUUCGGAAAGACAGCUGGCCCGUAACGGACCGAUUAGUAAUCGAGGCUCACCAACGCCCGAAGCUGCUCGGAGCGGGCGGUACUAACGUGCGCCGGUUGUAUCUCGAGACGGGCGUACAGUUGACGCAGGAGGACGAAACCAGUUUCAGAAUUUUCGCCCCCUCCGAAGCGGCCAUGCACGAGGCGAAGGAGUACCUCGAGAAUUUGAUGAAAACGGAAAAGAUACCGGACCUCGAAUUUGGGGCCAUCUACACUGCCAAGAUUGUGGAGCUGCGAGACACCGGAGUGAUGGUGACACUCUACCCUUCGAUGCCUCCGACGUUACUUCAUAAUGCUCAACUCGAUCAAAGAAAGAUCGCCCAUCCCUCUGCCCUCGGUCUGCUGGUCGGUACCGAAAUACAGGUGAAAUACUUCGGCCGCGACCCGGUGUCCGGUUUCAUGCGUCUCUCGCGCAAAGUCCUGCAAGGUCCGCCGACGGCAAUGAUUCGCAAUCUCGAUCGACCAUCCCGAUCGUCUCUUGCGGGCGGUUCGGAUCAAGCGACGACGACGACACCCACAAACGGCACUGGUGAGGGAAUCAAGGCGUAGCCUUAAUCAGUUUUAUUUACUGGUGCGUGGUCCACGGUCCGUGAUAGAAGAAAAUUAAAAUAAAACGUGUACAUAUUGCUAUUCUUAAGUUCUAAACGUUAGCCUCUCCUGAUUGAUGUGCUUUGUUGAACACUAUGUUAAAAACGGUUCACUGAUAUGUUUCCGGUAUAAUCAACGCAAUACCGGCGGAAAUAAGGGCAGUUUUGCUCAAACCCGGUGCCACUUCCAUCGCGAUCGUGCACAACAGCACAUCGCGGGAAAUAUUGUUGUACAACGGUACUGGGAGGACGUCGACCCGGACUGUUUUCGCCGCUGCCGUCGAUUCCUUUGGAUUGUAGUUUAACUCAAACUGGCCCGUCGUGUUGACGUCGGUCGACGAU